AAAGUUGGCACGGUCACCCAGGGCUUCGCCAGAGCUGGUCACUCAGUGACAGAUGGACAAUGCAAGAAUGAGCUCCUUCCUGGAAUACCCCAUCCUCAGCGGAGGCGACUCGGGGACCUGCUCCGCGCGAACCUACCCAUCCGACCAUGGGAUUACAACUUUCCAGUCGUGCGCGGUCAGUGCUAACAGCUGCGGCAGCGACGACCACUUCCUAGUGGGCAGAGGAGUGCAGAUCAGCCCGCCCCACCACCACCACCACCAUCACCACCACUCCCAGCCGCCCACCUAUCAAACUCCCGGGAAUCUGGGGGUGUCCUAUUCCCAUACGAGUUGUGCUCCAAGCUAUGGGGCGCAGAACUUCGGCCCGCCUUUCAGCCCCUACGGGUUAAAUCAGGAAGCAGAAGUAAGUGGUGGGUACCCCUCGUGCACUCCCGCUGUUUACUCUGGAAAUCUUUCAUCUUCCAUGGUCCAGCAUCAUCACCACCACCAGGGUUAUGCUGGGGGCGCGGUGGGAUCGCCUCAGUACAUUCACCACUCAUAUGGACAAGAGCACCAGAACCUGGCCCUGGCCACGUAUAAUAACACCUUGUCCCCUCUUCACGCCAGCCACGAAGAAGUCUGUCGCUCCCCUCCCUCAGAGAGGUCUUCUCCACCGCAGACCUUUGACUGGAUGAAAGUCAAAAGAAACCCUCCCAAAACAGGUAAAGUUGGAGAAUAUGGCUACGUGGGUCAACCCAAUUCUGUGCGCACCAACUUCACCACGAAGCAGCUGACAGAGCUGGAGAAGGAGUUCCACUUCAACAAAUACCUGACAAGGGCCCGCAGGGUGGAGAUUGCCGCGUCCCUGCAGCUCAAUGAGACUCAGGUGAAGAUCUGGUUCCAGAACCGCCGGAUGAAGCAGAAGAAACGAGAAAAGGAGGGCCUCUUGCCCAUUUCUCCAGCCACCCCUCCAGGAUGUGAUGAAAAAGCAGAAGAAUCCUCAGAGAAAUCCAGUUCCUCUCCUUGCGUUCCUUCCCCAGGGUCCACUACCUCAGACACUCAACCUACCUCCCACUGAGACUGCCUGGUCUCAGGCUCCACCACCCAGACCACUCCUUGGGCUGGAACUUUUUACCUUCAAAGCACAUUCUGAGCUUAUCUUGUUUUCCAUUUACAAUAGCUCUCUCUUCCUUUCUGAUCCUAUCUGGGGAGCUCCUGGCCAGGAUAAUGUGUUUCCAGAGAAUUCUGGAUUGGAAGCUUAAUGGGAAGAGGAGGGCAGCUAACUCCUUAACACAGUUUGGAGGCCAGCACAAUUUUCUGAUGGCUCCUACCAUCCCUCCCUGCUUUUAGAAGAUGUCCAUAGUACCUACUUUCCCUUUCUGAUACCCUUUGGAAAAUUGAUACCCUUGCCAGCAGAAAAAUGCCAGAGGAGAACCUUUCAUCUCUUAUCUGUUUGUAUAUUUGCAGUUUUUCCUUGUCUUACCCUUAGAGUAGGAUUCAGAUUGAGGAGAGAGUCCAGGAGCUCAUGAAGAAGAGAUGCUCUGUGAGCGUGUUUACACAAUUAUUUCAUCCCUUAAUUUAAUUUCAUUUUUGUGAGUUUGCUGGCUCUAAAUACUUUAUCCUGAGAGAUUCAUCUUUAUAUAGAUUUUCUAGAAGUGUUUAGGCUAACUGACUAAAACAGGGUGAACAAACUCUCAAAGCUGGUACAAUUUUACAUGUGAUUAGUGGUGAAAGUCACAUGCCUCAGAGGGUGGCUUCAAUAUCAUCUUUCAGUGAGUUAAGAAGGUCUGCAGAAUACACGGUUCAGAAGAAACCUGGCUUCCUAUGCUACACCUCUCUCUCUCUCUCUCUCUCUCUCCUUAACUUUCUCAUUGCUCUAGCCACACUUCAUUUAAAAUCUAUACUGGGGGUUUUGGUACCUAAAGGUAUUAUUCAAACCAGUUUCUUCCUUCCACAGUUAUUGUAGCUGGAUAUGAUGUAUUUUCAGCUCAAUUGUUAAUGUGAUGGAUGGCACAAUGAAUGUAUAUUUUGUGUGAUUCGUGAAUUGUCUUUUGCAUGUCGCACAAUGUUUUGAUGUUCCUGAAGUACCACACUGAGUUCUAUCAGUUAACCUUUGUGAGCCUACGAUAGUCCCCAUUUCCUGUACAAUCAUGAAUAGCUCUGAGAUCCUGAGGGAUGUGAUCUAGAGCAGAGUUUACGGGUCUUAAGAUGUCUGUAAUAAAUAUAUUCAAGUUUCAGAUAUGA